GUUUAUAUGAUAAAAACGAGAGAUUUUUAUCAUGAUCUAGCAAACACGAACAACUUGCUGCGUCAAAUGGACACGUCUAAUCUCCCAUGUGAUCAUCCGUGCUAUGCAGUUGAUCGUGCGAAAAUACCCGGACUGUUUAAGGACGAAACCCAUGGUCGUAUCAUGUACGAAUUCGUCACACUCCGGGCAAAGUCUUAUGCAUACGAAAUCGAACUCAUAGAGACGAUCAAAGCCAAAGGAAUAAGGAAACACGUAAUUCGAAACCAUUUGACGCUUGCGGAUCACAAGCGGUGUUUGUUUGAGACGCAUAAUGUUGACGGCGACGGUAGCGAUGAACGUAACGACGACGACGACGACGACGACGAUGAGAGUGAUGAAGAAAGGCGAAAACGGUUGGCGGUGGAAUGCAGUCAGGCUGUGGUGCAAAACAUUUACCAGCAGAAUGCUGGUAAUGUCACAAUGUUAUCCCCGCACCCGAACUAUAUGCCGUACACACCGUAUAGAUUAAAUAAAUCAAUCCGAUCGUUCAAACAUCAAGUGAAAACGAUAAAUUCGUUAAAAAAACCUUGAAUCGAUCGGACGAUAAACGAUAUAUUUUAAAUUACUAUGUGCAUACUCUAGCUCAUGGUCAUUAUAAAAUUAACUAGUCAUUCAUCUUUUUUUUAUUUUAUUUUUUUAUUAUUAUUUUAAUCCAAAAUGGCAAGAAAUCCAAGAAGCACUUUUACGAGGACAAAAACAUUACCAUCGCCCAGACAUCAUUGCAAGAGUAUUUAAUCGAAAAGUUAAGGAGUUAAUAGAUCUGUUGACAAAAGGAGAUUUGUUUGGGAAAGUGAGGUGCCAUAUAUAUUCAGUUGAAUGGCAGAAACGAGGCCUACCUCACGUACACAUAUUACUAUGGUUGGAGAAUCAAAUUACAUCAGAUAUGAUAGAUAAAUUCGUGUGUGCUGAGAUUCCGAAUCCAGAUGUAGAUCCUUUACUGUACGAGAUAGUAAAGGCUAACAUGAUACAUGGACAAUGUGGACUUUUGAACAAAAAUUCUCCGUGCAUGAAAGGAGGUGUUUGCAGCAAACGUUAUCCAGUUACGCUCAUUCAAGAAACUCAAAGAGGUGAAGAUGGCUAUCCAAAAUAUAGAAGGCGAUCAACAAACGAUGGUGGUUUCAAAGUGAGUAUUGAGUCAAUUGACUUAGAUAA